AUGGAUGCGCAAUUUCCGUUAAUUCGUAAACGGCGAUUUUAUUUAAAAAAAAAUGCUUUUAUUGUUAACGCAAAUGGUUUAACUUUAACGUUUGCAAUAGCGUUUGCGGUAAUUGCCGUUACAAAAACGCCGGUUAACUUGCUAACCUUCCUUUUUUAUUUUUUAACGAAAAUUAUAUGCAUUUUAAAAAUAUGCCGCAAAACAAUUAAAGUAUUAAAGUUAUAUUAUUUGCUUUUAACGCAAUAUAAGCGCUUUGUACAAUAA